CGGCGUGCCCUGCACCCCGCGCUGCUGCAUUCGGUGCGGGUGGCAGUAGCAUCCGUGUGUCUCCUGCCCGGCUUCUCCAGGCCGCCACUAUGGCGAAGCCGCUGACUGACAGCGAGAAGCGAAAGCAGAUCAGCGUCCGUGGGAUCGCGGGGCUGGGCGACGUGGGCGAGGUGCGGAAGAGCUUCAACCGGCACUUGCACUUCACGUUGGUCAAGGACAGAAACGUGGCCACACCCCGCGACUACUACUUCGCGCUGGCGCACACGGUGCGCGACCACCUGGUGGGCCGCUGGAUCCGCACUCAGCAGCACUACUACGAGCGCGACCCCAAGCGCAUCUACUACCUCUCCCUGGAAUUCUACAUGGGCCGCACGCUACAGAACACCAUGGUGAACCUGGGUCUGCAAAAUGCGUGUGAUGAAGCCAUCUACCAGUUGGGACUGGACUUGGAAGAACUGGAGGAGAUAGAAGAGGAUGCAGGCCUUGGAAAUGGAGGCCUGGGGAGACUGGCAGCCUGCUUCCUGGACUCCAUGGCUACCCUGGGCCUGGCAGCAUACGGCUACGGGAUCCGCUAUGAGUUUGGUAUCUUCAACCAGAAGAUUGUCAACGGCUGGCAGGUGGAGGAGGCGGAUGACUGGCUGCGCUAUGGGAACCCCUGGGAGAAGGCGAGGCCUGAGUACAUGCUUCCAGUGCACUUCUACGGACGCGUGCAGCACACGGAGGCCGGUGUGCAGUGGCUGGACACGCAGGUGGUGUUGGCCAUGCCCUAUGACACCCCAGUGCCGGGCUACAAGAACAACACUGUUAACACCAUGCGGCUCUGGUCUGCCAAGGCCCCCAACGACUUCAAGCUCCAAGACUUCAACGUGGGCGGCUAUGUGGAGGCGGUGCUGGACAGGAACCUGGCUGAGAACAUCUCCAGAGUCCUGUACCCCAACGACAACUUCUUUGAGGGGAAGGAGCUUCGCCUAAAGCAGGAGUACUUUGUAGUGGCCGCCACCCUGCAGGACAUCAUCCGCCGCUUCAAGUCCUCCAAGUUUGGUUGCCGGGACCCAGUGAGAACCUGUUUUGAGACAUUCCCUGACAAGGUGGCCAUCCAGCUGAAUGACACACACCCAGCCCUCGCCAUCCCUGAGCUCAUGCGCAUCCUGGUGGACGUGGAGAGGAUGGACUGGGACAAGGCCUGGGAGAUCACAAAGAAGACUUGUGCGUACACCAACCACACAGUGCUGCCUGAGGCCUUGGAGCGCUGGCCUGUGUCUAUGUUUGAGAAACUGCUUCCCCGGCACCUGGAGAUCAUCUAUGCCAUCAACCAGAGGCACCUGGACCACGUGGCAGCCCUAUUCCCUGGGGAUGUGGCCCGGCUGCGCAGGAUGUCCAUCAUCGAGGAGGGGGACUGCAAGCGCAUCAACAUGGCCCACCUGUGCGUGGUGGGGUCCCAUGCCGUGAAUGGUGUCGCCCGCAUCCACUCGGAUAUCGUGAAGCAGUCAGUCUUCAAGGAUUUCCACGAGCUGGAACCCAACAAGUUCCAGAAUAAGACCAACGGUAUCACCCCCCGGCGCUGGCUGCUGCUGUGCAACCCAGGGCUGGCCGACACCAUCGCAGAGAAAAUCGGGGAGGGCUUCCUGACGGACCUCAGCCAGUUGAAGAAGCUGCUGCCGCUGGUAAAGGACGAAGCCUUUGUGCGGGACGUGGCCAAGAUCAAGCAGGAGAACAAGCUCAAGUUCUCAGCCUUCCUGGAGAAGGAAUACAAGGUGAAGAUCAACCCCUCGUCCUUGUUUGAUGUGCACGUCAAGAGGAUCCACGAGUACAAGCGGCAGCUGCUGAACUGCUUGCAUGUCGUCACCCUGUACAAUAGGAUAAAGAAGGACCCUACCAAGGCCUUUGUGCCCAGGACGGUGAUGAUUGGAGGCAAGGCGGCUCCCGGCUACCACAUGGCUAAGAUGAUCAUCAAGCUGGUCACCUCCAUCAGUGACGUGGUCAACCGGGACCCGGUGGUGGGUGACCGCCUCAGGGUUAUCUUCUUGGAGAACUACCGAGUGUCGUUGGCCGAGAAAGUGAUCCCGGCUGCUGACCUGUCUGAGCAGAUCUCCACAGCGGGCACUGAGGCCUCAGGCACCGGCAACAUGAAGUUUAUGCUUAAUGGGGCACUGACCAUCGGCACCAUGGAUGGCGCCAACGUGGAGAUGGCUGAGGAGGCUGGGCCUGACAACCUCUUCAUCUUCGGGCUGCGCGUGGAGGAUGUGGAAGCCCUGGAUCGGAAGGGGUACAACGCCCUUGAGUACUAUGAGCGCCUGCCAGAGCUGCGCCAGGCUGUGGACCAGAUCGGGAGUGGCUUCUUCUCACCCCAGGAGCCAGACUGCUUCAGGGGCCUGGUGGACAUGCUGCUACACCAUGACAGGUUCAAGGUAUUUGCAGAUUAUGCGGCGUACCUGGACUGCCAGGCCCAGGUGGAGCAGCUGUACCGGAAGCCCAUGGAGUGGACCAGGAAAGUCAUCAGGAAUAUCGCCUGCUCCGGCAAGUUCUCCAGCGACCGCACCAUCACAGAGUAUGCCCGGGAGAUCUGGGGCGUGGAGCCCUCGGACCUGCAGAUCCCGCCCCCCAACCUGCCCAAGGACUAGGGCCUGCCCUCCUGCUGACCGCACCCCCUAGCGGCUUCCACACCCACAGUAGCUAGGCCCAGCUUACUCAGUGCUCCUGGGAGGACGUGGGGGGUGGAUAACAGGAAGGAAGAGUGCAGAGAAAAAGCAGGUUCCUUGCACCCAUGGGCCCUGGGCUCAGUCACCCUCUCACUUUCACAGAUGGCAGAGCUGCCCAUGGGGCUCCCAGGGGCCUUGCACACACACAUUCCCUGCAAGCUUGCCUUUAGUUCCGAGCCAAUGGGUGAGGGUGUAGGCAGGUGCUAUGGAAGUCAGUCUAGGGAAGUGUUUGUCAUUCUUGUCCGGCUACUGUGGCCUUGUCCUCUUUGGCCCAGCUCUGUGCCCUGGCUGGCCAGGAGACUGUGUCCUCAGAGCGAUGGGCUCUAUGCCCAGGUUCAGGCUGAUUAGAUGAUGGGACCUAGAACAGCUGGGGCUGUCAUGGUGAGGGCACCUGUAACUGGCACUCAGGGCUCGGUUGGAACAGGCCAUAGCUGGGUUUUGCCUUUUCAAAAGAAAAAUUAGCUCCACAAGACUACAAAACUAUUGGAAGCCUCUUCCUGUUUUGCCAAGAAAAAAUUGUAUUUUUUGAAACUUCCAGCUGGUGAUGCCAUGGAGCCCCUGCCCUGCCCAAGGAGGCUGUGUUUCUUGCCCCAGAGCUGGCCUUAUGCCUGGCCUGUCCCCAAGGACACACAGCAGCCUCCCCGCCAUGGGCCAGGCUGGUCUGGAAAGAGCCUGUCUGGCCUGGAAGCACCCCCACCCGCCUUCCUUUGUAGCCAGCACCAGGAGUAGUGGGUGAGGCUCAGACACCCACAGCAGAGGGGCAGGGGGUGGCCACCCUGCCCUUGCACCUGGGUCCUGCCUGUUCGCAGACCCAGACUGUGGAGCUAUUGCUGCCAUGCUUGCACACCUCAAAGCCUUGGAGCCUGGAGGGGAGGGCAAAUCCUGGGCUGUAGGUCCCCCUAAAGCCCUCCACACCCCAUCCCCCAAGGUGGGGAUGUCACUGCAUCGUUCACUGUAACCACCUCCCUGAAAGCCAACUAAACAAGCCUUUCUGUCCUUGCCA